AUGGCCAAGAUGAAAUGGGCUGUGCUUGACAAGAAACUAUUUGAAUCGUUCAUCGAUAGUCUUUCGCGCUUCAAUAGGGCGCUCCACGACGUCCUCCCCGCUUCCCGGAAGAGUUUAUAUCUUUGCACUCUACAGUUGGAGCAACCGAGCUACAAUAAUCUGGUGCAUUUCAUCUCGGACCACUCCGAGUGGAACCCGCAUAUCAUGAACACUCUUGAAUGUCGCCUGAUGGAUCUAAUUGCCCUACUCCAGGUGUCUCCCAAACCAAGCAACUAUCGUGUGUUGGGAUUCUUUAUGAAUCCGGGGGAAGACCAUCAAUAUGGCCUCAUCUUCGCACUCCCUGAAUCUACGACUCUGGUUAGUACUCCUUCUGCACCAGUCUCUCGGGCCGAGACACUAAAUUCCUUCCUCCGCACCGCAGACGACAACAAAGUCCUAAUAAGCUUCUCCCUUGAAGCCAGUUUCCGUCUCGCGGCGCUCCUCGCAAGCUCCCUAUCUGGAAUUCACUCCGCUGGAUGGCUCCACCACAACAUCAAAUCAUCCAUCAUCCUCUGUCGUUUCCGGACGGGAAAGUAG